CUUACGUUGUCAGCCCACUAAAUUGCUAAACAGCGAAGUACGGCUAAAAAGUAAACAUCGCUCCUACAGAAUCUGAAACUACCGAAAUAUAACCGAACACGUCUGUUCCACUGUCUGUUGAGGAUCACUAAUGUAAGAAACUGCUGAAUGAGGCCUGCUCUCUUUGGGAUUCUGUUGUCCUCUUGGGACCACCAUGGGCCAACAGUUCACCGGACAGGCGGUGGGUAGGCUGCCUGAGAAGGUGCUCAAACACGCCGGUCUGGUGCGCGAAAGCGGCUACCUCACCUAUGAGGAGUUCCUGGGUCGGGUGGCCGAGCUGAAUGACGUGACUGCCAAGUUGGCCGCAGGACAGCAGAAGCACCUGCUGUUUGAAGUGCAGCCAGGCUCCGACGCCUCGGCCCUGUGGAAGGUGGCCGUGAGGGUCGUGUGCACAAAGAUCAACAAAGAGGACGGCAUGGUGGAGGCGUCCCGCAUCAUGAACUUGUACCAGUUCAUCCACCUGUACAAGGACAUCACCAGCCAGGCGGCGGAGGUCUUCUCUGGGGAGGCCGGGGCCGAGGGCCCCUCCGGGCAGCUCUCCUCCACAGACUCCUGUCAGGCCAGCAUGUGGAUGGGCAGGGUGAAGCAGCUGACGGACGAGGAGGAGUGCUGCAUCUGCAUGGACGGCAAGGCCGACCUCAUCCUGCCCUGCGCGCACAGCUUCUGCCAGAAGUGCAUAGACAAGUGGAGUGGUCAGAGCAGAAACUGCCCCAUAUGUCGUCUGCAGGUGACCGCUGCCAAUGAAUCAUGGGUAAUGUCCGACGCGCCUACGGAGGAGGACAUAGCGGGCUACAUCCUGAACCUGGCUGAUGAGGCAGGCCAUCCUCACAGACCUUAACCGACCACACACACACACACACACACACACACAAACAACAUAACCUUCCUCUUCCUCCUCCCAAUGUCCAAACCAUACGGAAAAAUAUAAUUAUCUUUAUAAUUUCUUUUUUGGAGCUUUUGAGGUUUAUUUAUUUCAUAUAAAUCAAAUAAGCUCUUGGAGACAUUAACCACUGAUUGUUUUGGUCAAGGGCCAGCUUUUUGGAUUUCUCCUUCAAGUAUUCGAUUUUUUAAAAUGUGAAAAAAGAUAAAUAUGUAUCACACAAACUUGUGAAAGAAUAUAGAUUGCUUUCAACCCCCUACAGCUUCGCUGUAAACUGUAGAUGUUCAGCUUCAUUUAGACAUUUAUGAUUUGAACAAAUUACACUAACUUAAUUGCACUUGUGUCAUUCACUGAUUUUAGGGUCACUGCGUACUUGCGGUGUGUUUGAUAUUUGAUAAGUCUGUGUUGAUUGUUUGAAUUACUCUGACAUGAAAUCAUCUGAGACAUCACAUGUGAAACGUCUCCUGGUCUUCUUUUGCUGGAUAUGUUGUCCACUGCUGCCUUCUGUUCUGUCCUCUCGUUGGGUCAUUUGCUCUUUGCUCUGCCACUUUAGACUUCAGGGCUUGCCGUAACAAGCCACGGUAUGUUUUGCUCUCUCUUCAAUUUCUGUGUGCGUUGGUGAUUAAGGUUUUUUGGGAUGUUGUGUUAGCAAGGCCAGCUGUUCACCUAAAGCUUUAGCACACAUCCCUAUACAAGCUCAACACAAUUGAGCUGCUCAUUCAGGCGUGCACUUGCCAUUGUUCCCUGGACAGUGCUUGGUUCCUUUAUUUCUGCUUGCUAGCUCCUCUGUGACUGCAAACCUGUUGUGUCCAUGUCAGAGUAAAACAACACUGUAAUUCAAUGAAAGCUGGGCUUUGUUGUAGCUAUUUUUUUUAAUUAAAUUCUACACAUGCUUGAUAUUUGAUGUAGUAUUAGAAAUAUUUAUUAUGAUUAUUAGGAUCUUGAAAAUACCCUGUUGUUGCUGUUGUUAUUAUUAAUAAUAAUAAUUAAAACCUUCAGGGUGGAGUUCUAAUGCAACUAUGAGAAAUCGUAAACAAAUGUGCACAGGAGAGGAAUGGUCAGACUCAUGCCAUCAGAGUUUUGUGUGGCCGCAUGAUUGAUGCGUUGAAGUUCACACCUGUUCCAUCAUUUGUCAUUAUUGCCCUUAUCUUAACACACAGACUAGUGUUGUGGGUCAGGCUGUUGCACGGCUGCUUGUCCAGAUAGGAUCAAGUAAAUCGAUGUAAAUGAAUGAGGAGUGUUGCUGGGUAGAUGAGGAUAUUUGGCUGUUUUUGUAUGAAGCAUUUCCAUGUCAUUGCUGUGUAAAUUGCAUAAUUGGCUAAUGCCCAGUAGGUGGCACUGUUUAACACAAAUAAAAUAUUAUCCUUUUUACACUCA